CCAAACGUGAUUUUGCCCUUGCAGGACUGUAGCUUAGUUCGCACUGGUACGCCUCAAGGCUCGCACUCACGUUGACGGGUUACGGGUUGAGGCUCAAGCUCAAAACAGAGGGUUUCGCCGCGUGGACUCGCGAGCGAGAUUUCGCGGAUGUUGUUUCUUUUUUGUUGUUGCUGUGGCCACUGUUGUUGUUGUUGUCGUUGAUGUCGUGGUUGUCUUCGCGCCCAUCUGUGGUUGCCUUUUUUUUCUUCCUCACAGCGCUGUGAGAUUCUUUGCUGUUUUUUGUUCACCAAUCGAGCGCGGCCAUAUGCAUUCCGGUGCAGUUCGAUCCCGGUGCUACUGGUGCACGUAAGCGCUUCGGAAUAAACGUUCGCCGUUGUUUUGCGCUAGCUAUUCGUUUUGUCCUUUCGAGUGAAGACCGUGAGAAAAUUGAUUUUUUGUCGUUCGGUUAGGUGGCGAACUGCCGCUACCAAGAUUCACUAUCGCGCGCGUUAGAAUCUGGGAUUGUUUUUAGUCACCGAAUCGGAUAAGUGAAGACACAUUAUGAGUUGGGUGACGAUUUCGUACAGUUGAAGAGCAAAAACAAAAACCAACCCAACCGAAACCCCAAGUUGACAGCGCUGACAGAAACAGCCGUCACGGAGAAACACAGAAACAGUUUCCAAAAUUGAUACUUCAAACCCCCUUCGUCUGGGCGGUGGUGUCACAGGGGAAGCCGAAGGCAUCCCAAGUGUUACUUCUAGUCAAGCUAGUGAAAACUCAAGUGAAUUGGUACGCAGGCUGGCAACGGUCGCGAUGUUGCUGGGAACCCAGCAGAACCCAUCGGCGAUGGCGGCCGCGGCUGCUGCGCUGGCAGCUUCGAAAGCAGCCGGUGCCAGCUCGGGUCCCGGCGGUGCCACAGAUUUUUCGAUAGCCGCCAUUAUGGCGCGGGGAGCUGCCGCUGCGGCAGCAUCCGCCAGUGGUAGGCUGAACGGAAGUUCCGGCGGCGGAAGCUCCAGCCGGGAGCCUUCGGAGCGGAGCAUAAGUCCAAUCUCGGUCGAUCGUUUUCCCGUGGGCGACGAUGAGGUAGACGUCGACGUGGAGCAGUGCAGUGACUCGGAAGGGCCCUCGCGUACCUCCAACAGGGCGUCCCACUCGCGAGCCACCGCAACACCUACUAGCCCCUCGGACGAGGAACGACUAACGCCGGAACCUGCCACGACUAAACACAAAAUCGUUGGCAGCUGCAAUUCGGAUGAUCUGCUGCCCGUGCAGUGUCAUCUGGAAACCAAGGAGCUGUGGGACAAAUUCCACGAGUUGGGGACGGAGAUGAUCAUCACUAAAACAGGACGGCGGAUGUUUCCGACGGUGCGGGUAUCGUUCUCCGGCCCACUGCGACAGAUCAGUCCUGCCGACCGGUACGUGGUCCUGCUGGAUGUCGUUCCCACCGAUAAUCGGCGCUAUCGGUACGCGUACCACCGAUCGUCGUGGCUGGUUGCGGGAAAGGCCGAUCCACCGCCUCCGCCGAGGCUUUACGCGCAUCCGGACACGCCGCUGGGGGCAGAAGCUUUGCGCAAGCAGGUCAUAUCGUUCGAGAAGGUUAAGCUCACGAACAACGAGAUGGACAAGAGUGGACAGAUUGUCCUCAACUCGAUGCACCGGUACCAGCCGCGCAUUCACCUAGUGCGUCUCACCCCGGGCCAGCAGAUUCCCACCACUCCGAAGGAGUUGCACGAGGUCGAUCACAAGACGUACGUCUACAAGGAGACCGUCUUCACGGCCGUCACUGCCUAUCAGAAUCAGCUCAUCACCAAGCUGAAGAUCGACUCCAACCCGUUUGCCAAAGGAUUUCGGGACUCGUCCCGCUUAUCGGACUUUGAUAGAGAUCCAAUGGAUGCUCUCCUGUUCGAGCAGCACAUGCGGGCUCCGAUGCGGCUUUUCCCGGAUCCUUUAUUCGCCCAAUUCGUCGGCGGACAGGACAUGGACGGUGCGCAGGCAGCCUUCCUCGAAAAAGCCCGUCAAAAUCUGCAGAUGUGGGGUCGAUCACCGUACGGUGAUCUGCUGCUGUCCCAAAUCUAUCAGAGACCUCCCCAAAUGAAUCCCGCCAUGAAUCUCGGAGGUCUCUGGCAAAGCCAGUGGCCACAGCAGAUUCCAUCGGCAUUUCUGCAGAACGCGGCUGCCGCUGCUGCUGCCGCCGCGGUAUCAUCUGCCUCGACUCCACCGCCUCCCCCGGUGUCGACCCCAUCGAGUUCCGGAUCGCCCUCGCCAUCGGAGAUGCGGCCGAAGCAUUUCACUCGCUACAGUCCUUACCAGCUUCCACCGCAGUAUGUGGGACCAUCGCAGCAUCAGACGCAGCCGUCGCUGUCGCCGAGGAGUCCUUCCAACUAAGCCGAACGUAACCGGUUGGGGUAUCAGAAUCAAAAUUUGCAUCCAAGACAUCUCAUCUGUAAAUAGUUUCACAACUCGCUGUUAUUUAUUAAUCUAGGUUAUUUCGUUGAGUCAUUCAAGCUUCAGUAUGGUUCAGUGGUUGUUAAUCGGUUUCUACACGUAUGUAUCCAAAUAGACAAAUAAUGUAAAUAUAUCGGAAUAUUUCGGAAUAUCAU